AUGGCAGAGGUGAUGAUGAGGAAUGAGAGGGGACGCAGGUUUCAGACCCCCGUGUGUAAAAGUAGUGUACAUGUCAGGUUUCACCCCCAUACUCUGAUUGCCGAUGGUAACUUCAUCUUCUCCGGCGUCGGGGAUGUGAGGUGGCCGUCUACCCUGGGAAUGUGAUAGCAGUGUACAUGUCAAAGCCCCAAGGAUUGAAGUACACCAGCGGGCAGUACGUCUUUUUUCGUCAAUUGCGCCACCGUGUCUCCCUUCCAGUGGUAAUCACCUCUUCUUCUCCUUCGCUGGAAAUAACAAGUAUUGCUGGACCAGUUGUUGACCUCAUGAAAUCCUCUGUGUUUCUUUCUCUUCAGGCAUCCUUUCUCGAUCACCUUUGCACCGGGAGAUGAUCAUCUGAGCAUCCGCAUCCGGACGGUCGGCGACUGGACUUCGCAGCUCAGGGCCGUCUUCUCCGAGGUAUUGCUCGCCAUUUGGAUCACGGAGGUAUUGCUCGCUAUUUGUCUCAUUCUGCAAGCACUUGGGUGGCAGGUUUGCCAGCCGGCGAUGGCCAGCCAAAGUGGUCUCCUCCAAGCAGACCCCAUUAAUGGCCGAACCGGCAGCCCCAGCUUGCCCAGGCUCCUCAUUGACGGUCCCUACGGCGCCCCAGAGCAGGACUACAAGAAAUACGACGUCGUCCUCCUGGUGGGGCUGGGCAUCGGCGCCACCCCGCUGAUCCACAUCGUCCUCAACAACGCCAUUGCCGCCAUGAGGAAGACCAAGAGGCCGCCGGAGCGGCGAAGAGGAAGCAGCCGUUUUCAAAGAAGCGGACAUACUUCUACUGGGUCAUGCGGGAGCAGGGAUCCUUCGAGUGGUUCCGUGGAGUGAUGAACGAGAUGGCGGAGAUGGACCACGGCGGCGCCAUUGAUGUCCAUAACUAUUGCACAAGCGUAUAUGAGGAGGGAGACGCUCGCUCGGCCCUCCUCGUCAUGUUGCAGGCGCUGUACCACGCCAAGAACGGAGUGGACAUCGUCUCCGGCACGUGGGGGAAGACCCAUUUUGCUCGCCCUAACUGGCGCUCCGUCUUCAACCAUGUCGCCGCCAACCACAGUGAUGAACGCGUUGGUGAGAACCUUUUCCUUCGCCGUUCUUCCUCACUUAUCUUCCUUUUCCACCGUCCUCUCCUCUGCUUGACGAUUCCGUUUCGCUAUUUUUGCAGGAGUGUUCUACUGCGGGCCGCUAAGCCUGGUGGGCGAGCUGAGGCGGCUGGCCAAGGAUGUCUCGUGGGAGACGACCACCAGCUUCGAGUUCCACAAGGAGAACUUCUGA